AUGGCGGUGGUGGGGGUGCGCGGUGCCCGCUGGCUGCGGGCGGCGACCCUGCUACGCGCGGCGGGGGGGCGGGCAGCCCCGCUGGGGGCCCGAGCAGCUUCAGGCUUGCCCAAGCACUUGAUGCCUGGACCUUACCCCAAGACCCCAGAGGAAAGGGCAGCUGCUGCUAAGAAAUACAACAUGAGGGUGGAGGACUAUGAGCCAUAUGCGGAUGAUGGCAUGGGGUAUGGUGAUUAUCCCAAACUUCCUGACCGAUCUUAUCAGGAGAGAGACCCCUGGUAUCAGUGGGACUACCCCAGUCUGAGACAAAACUGGGGAGAGCCGAUGCACUGGCACUUUGACAUGUUUCUCCGGACCCGUGUUGACACGUCCCCCACUGUGGUACCCUGGCACACCAUGCGCAAUCACUUCCUCCUCUUUAUUGGCUUCAUGCUGUUUAUAUUCUGGGUUGGAGAAAUGUACCCAUCCUACAUGCCUGUGGGACCGAAGCAGUAUCCUUACAAUAACCUGUACCUGGAGCGAGGAGGCGAUCCAAGCAAAGAGCCCCCAGAGGUGAAGAACUAUGAAAUCUGAAAGAUGCAUGGAAAUGUAGCUCUUCUCCUGGGAUAUUUACAUGGGGGUCCUCCAGAGUGUUCACUGCAGGAUGCACUAACCAAUUGUUCUCUUAGACAUUUACUCUUAAUGAAAUAUAUUGUGAAAACUCUUGUGGUGGAUUUCUUUUCUUUGAAGAGGUUAUAAAGUGGGCAGUGAAGUUACAGUGACUCCACCAUUGUCUCGGAGCAGGGGUAGAAUUCCCUUGUGUACAGGAUGGUGCUUCAGGAAGAAGUCCAGAGGUAUUGAUCCUUAUGAAUCUGUGUGUAAGAUGGACACUGGAAUUCUUUAGAUAAGUCUGCUUCCAGUGCCAGCUACCAAGGUCGUCCUUGCAGCUGUUGGAAGGAGAAGAAAGUAAAACAGAAUUCAAUUAAAUGUUCAAAGAUGGACACAACUCCUUUGGAUUAUUCAACUCUGCCAUGAUGCCAGUUAUACUAUGAAUAAUUGUACUUCCUCAUUGGGUUGGCUCUUUUCUCUCGGCCCUCCUCAGGCAGCAACCGCAAUAAAAGUUUGAGUUGCCUUAUGUA